CAUCAAAUCCCAAUAAGUUUCUUUCAUCAUGGUUGCAGAAAGCUUUUCAGCCGAGCGGAAUAGCUGAAAGGCUGAAGCUGAGACAUGAGAGAUGAGAAUGGCUACUCUGGCAGCUCAACAAAGAUGGCAAGCAGAGAGCCACCAUUCUUUCGCCCUCUUACUUAUUCUAAGCAAAUUCAGUAAAGGCAACCCAAAAAGCCAAACGCCUUGUCACACCACCAACUUAACAAUAAUAUUCUUGUUUCCACUUAUUCCAUUCUUGCUUUUUUUAUCUUCUUCUCUGUAAUUCUGUAACUCUGUUCACAUCUGCACCGACCCAUCUCUUCUUCUCAACCCAUUUCUUCUCUGUUGCGUAUCUCGGUGUUCCCCUGAGUUUCCAUGGCGUCCCUUUCAGAUAUUGGAGUAUCCGCAUUCAUUAACAUAGUCGGUGCUUUUGCUUUCUUGCUGGCUUUUGCUCUUCUGAGGAUUCAGCCUGUGAACGAUAGAGUUUAUUUCCCAAAAUGGUAUAUGACUGGCGGCAGGAGAAGCCCGAGGCAUGCUGGGAAUGUGGUUGGCAGGUUUGUCAACCUCAAUUUCAAGACUUACCUCACUUUCCUCAAUUGGAUGCCCGAGGCUCUGAAGAUGAGCGAGUCGGAGCUUAUUAACCACGCUGGCCUCGACUCUGCUGUUUUUCUUCGAAUUUACCUUCUUGGUUUGAAGAUUUUCAUACCUAUGACAAUCCUUGCAAUCUUAGUUCUUAUUCCAGUGAACGUGUCGGGUGGAACGCUGUUUUUUCUAAGAAAAGAAUUAGUAGUGAGCGACAUUGAUAAGCUUUCAAUAUCAAAUGUUCAACCUAAAUCUCAGAAAUUUUGGGCACACCUAUCAAUGGCAUAUUUGUUCACGAUAUGGACCUGCUACAUGCUGUACAAGGAGUAUGGUAGAGUAGCAUUUAUGCGGUUGCAUUAUUUGGCAUCGCAACCUCGGCGUGUAGAUCAAUUCACUGUAGUGGUCAGAAAUGUGCCUCAUGUUUCUGGUCACUCACUAUCAGAAAGCGUGGAUCAUUUUUUCCAAACUAAUCAUCCAAACAGUUAUCUUGGUCACCAGGCUGUCUAUAAUGCAAACAAAUUUGCCAGACUUGUAAGGAAAAGGGAAAGGCUCCAAAAUUGGCUGGACUAUAACCAACUUAAGUAUGAACGUCAUCCAGACAAGAGGCCAACUAGAAGGACAGGAUUUCUUGGGCUUUGGGGUGAAAGAGUGGAUUCUAUUGAGUUCUACAAGAAAAAGAUGCAGGACCUUGAUAAAAAGAUGGCAUUAGAACGCGCGAAGAUUCUCAAAGAUCCAAAGGCUAUCAUGCCAGUGGCUUUUGUCUCAUUCAACUCGAGAUGGGGAGCUGCUGUAUGUGCACAGACACAGCAGAGCAAGAAUCCCACACUAUGGCUUACUAAUUGGGCUCCAGAACCCCGUGAUGUGUACUGGAAGAAUCUUGCUAUACCAUUUGUGUCUCUAAGUAUCCGAAAGCUUGUAAUAUCAGUGUCAGUGUUUGCUUUGGUUUUCUUCUACAUGAUACCCAUUGCAUUUGUCCAGUCACUUGCAAAUCUUGAGGGUCUUGAAAGGGUUGCUCCAUGGCUCAGGCCAGUCAUAGAAUUGAAAAUCAUCAAAUCAUUCCUUCAGGGUUUCCUUCCUGGUCUAGCCCUUAAGAUCUUCAUGUACAUUCUACCUACAGUGCUGAUGAUUAUGUCAAAAGUUGAAGGUCAUUUAUCAAUAUCAUCACUUGAAAGAAAGGCAUCAGCUAAAUAUUACUAUUUUAUGUUGGUGAAUGUCUUCUUAGGAAGCAUAGUGACUGGAACAGCUUUUGAGCAACUUGAUUCCUUCCUUCAUCAAUCACCCACCCAAAUCCCUAGAACCAUUGGUGUUUCAAUACCCAUGAAGGCCACCUUUUUUAUUACAUAUAUAAUGGUUGAUGGAUGGGCUGGCAUUGCAAGUGAAAUUCUAAGACUGAAGUCACUUGUAAUAUAUCACCUCAAGAACAUGUUCCUGGUGAAAACAGAAAGAGACAGAGAGAAGGCAAUGGACCCUGGAAGUGUGGGGCUUCCAGAGACUCUUCCGACACUCCAACUAUAUUUCCUUCUUGGAAUUGUGUAUGCCGUGGUCACUCCAAUCCUUCUUCCUUUCAUACUUGUCUUCUUUGGCUUUGCAUACCUUGUUUACCGCCAUCAGAUUAUCAAUGUGUAUAAUCAAGAAUAUGAGAGUGUAGCUGCAUUCUGGCCACAUGUCCACAGUCGCAUAAUUGCAAGCUUGUUGAUAUCUCAUCUUCUUCUAAUGGGCCUCCUCAGCACAAAAARGGCUGCUAAUUCUACUCCUCUACUUGUUGUACUGCCCAUAUUAACUCUGUGGUUCCACAAAUACUGCAAAAGUCGAUUUGAACCUGCAUUCAGAAAGUACCCACUGGAGGAGGCCAUGGCAAAGGAUACAAUGGAGCGAGCUUCAGAACCUAACCUCAAUCUAAAAGCUUACUUGGCUGAUGCAUACCUGCACCCUAUUUUCCAGUCAUUCGAGGAUGUAGAGUUGGUUGAAGUCAGAGUAGAUAAGAACCAAUCUCACAUGACUACCAACCAAUCUCCUAGGACCACCUCCUCAAUGAGUGAACUAAGUUCUCCUUCCCCACCUCAUUAUGUUUACCAUUAUGAGAAUAAUGUUUACCAUUAUGACAAUAAUGUUUAUCAUUAUGACAAUUAUCCCUGAAUUGGCAGUAUGCAUACCUGCAAGGUACCAAGCCUGCAUUGUCAUCUGCUGGCCUGUUGUAAUUUUUCUUUCAUUCGUUUUAUUGUAAAUGGGUAGUAACCUUUGCUUCA